ACGACGUCAUCCUCUCCGGCGCGAACGCGCUAGCAUUACAAAACACAAGAUAACUUCGCUACUAGGAAUAUGGACUCCUUCCAAAAUGGCGUCCUGUAAAGAGAAAUCACUUUCAGUCGAGUCUCCUUGCAUCUCACAGAGCUUUAAAGGUGACGAUAAAAGUGUCAAAGGUGAGAAGAUCCAGAUCCAGGAACAGAGCAGUACUGAAAAACCAAAGAUCAACAAACUCAAAAGAGCAAAUAGGUGCAAAAAGUUUGAUCUUAUGUUGAGUGAGUGUAAUGUAAUCAGACCUGAUGAUGAUGAUGAUCAGAAAUUUUCCCACACAUCCACCAUAAAGAACCCGAGACCUCCGACCACCCAUAGUGUACAAUGUUCUCCAAAGCAAGGUCUCCUCCUCCACAUGGAGAUGUCUCGAAGACAAAAUAAAGGACUUGAAAUAAAGUCAGAAUCCACCACUUCUUCUCAUCGGCAGCCAUCCAUCCUGGCAGAUGAAGUUCGAAGUCUAAGUAGGGGUGGAUCACGUGCAGAAAGAAGUGGUCUCCGUGAACAUGAAGAGAACGAGAGUGAAAACAACACCAACAAUUCCAAAUCUACACCCACAUCACUGGGUCACCGAGCAAGGAGCUCCACUGGGUUUUUUAAAGACGCUCACACCCGAGAGGAAUUUCUGAAGCUGGUCCAGGUUCAGAACCCACACUUUGCGGUUCGACGCUCGUUGCAGACACUGCUGAAGAGACAUGCUGAGUGUUUGCGCGAAAGUAAAAGCAUUCCGGCAGCCGGAAAGCGCAAACAUGAAGUAGAAUCUGAAGGUGAUGGACGUCUUCGCAAGCGCCAGUGCCCGAGUCUGGACGACUCAGAGACGGUAAACAGGUCAGAAGGUCCUGUGAGCUCUGGACACGGAGCAGUCAGCAGGAACACGUCACGUCGGGACGAUGGACAUGUGAGACACGACGACGACUAUGUACCCUGGACGGAGAAAUAUCGUCCUCGGAGCUCUGAUGAAGUCGUCGGGAACUCGGCCGCAGUGAGGAAGCUGUACAGCUGGCUUAAGGAGUGGAGGAUAAGAGCGGAUGUGGAGGAGAGAAGGAAAAGACAAGAGGAGCGUCGAAUGAAGGGGGAGAGCAAUGGGUUGUGGGAUUUCGGGGAUUUCGAAGGUGAUCCCCUGACAGAGGAGUGUGAGGGUGAGCUGUGUAACACGCUGCUGAUCCAUGGACCUACAGGAGCUGGAAAGAGCGCCACUGUGUUCGCCUGUGCAGAGCAGCUGGGCUUUAAGGUACUGGAGGUGAACAGCUCGUCCCUGCGCUCUGGUCGUCUUGUCUUGUCUCAGCUCAGAGAGUCGACUCAGUCUCACCAGGUGGGGAUGCCCCAGCGCUCCGUCUCUCACACACACGCACCUGCUGCAGCAUCACGAGAAGCUCCACAGAAAUCCGUCUCCUCCUGCAGAAAAUCGUCAGUGAUCCCUCGAGCUGCUUCCAGAAAGAAAUGUGCCGGCGCGCAGAAGUCCGUCACUUUUACACGUUACUUUAAGAAAACUGGAAAACUUGUGAACAAACACUCUGAACUUCCUCAAGACACAAGAGCUGCUGAAGAGGUCACACUGGACCAGUCUGAGUUUAAGAAAAAUGGUGCCUUGGACGAAACGGAGAAGACGGCACCGAUAUCACUCAUUCUGUUUGAGGAGGUCGAUAUCGUCUUCGAGGAGGAUGUGGGGUUUCUCGCAGCCGUGAAGUCUUUAAUGAGCACGACCAAGAGACCCAUAAUCCUGACCACCAACGAUCCGUUGUUUGGUGAGGCGUUUGAUGGUCGUUUUGAGGAAAUCCGUUUCAAAACUCCUGCAACGGAGAGCGUUGUGAGCUACCUGCAGUGUGUGUGUGUGGUAGAAAGUGUAAACCCGGAUCCAGAGCACAUCCGGUUCAUGCUGCAGGAGAAUAAGGGAGAUGUGAGGCGGAGUGUGUUAGAGCUGGAGUUGUGGGCGAGAAGUGGAGCCGGAAACACACACCAUCAUCUACACAACAGAGCACUCACUUGUAGGUCCUACGCCGAGUUGGAAAGGAGCAGCUGUGUGGAGGUGCUGGUGGAGAGUUGGAGAAAGAGGCAAAGCCUGCUCUACUCAAACCUGGAUUUUCUUUUAGCCCCGCCCACUUUUGAAAAAACAGAUCGGAGCACUGUCGAUCAAAACCCGAUUUACAGUUUCAUCUUUAAACGUCCCAAUAAAGAUCCACCUCCAUCCAACUCGAAAAAACUUUCUAGAUUGAAAGUUCUCAAAACAAAGCACUCAGAAUCCGCAAUCCCAUUGGCCAGAUUCAAACCGAUGAACCAAUCAGCUGCAGAGGCUGGAGGUUUUUCUAAGGUGAACUCCCUUGCAUGCUUUCUCGACACCAUGUCUUUCAUAGACUCCCAUCUAUCCCGGCAGCCAUGUUGUAGAUCUGGGCCCCUGGGAGCCAAAAUAGCUGACGGUUUGCUGGACGAGCCGAGAGAAGACGACGAUGCGGAGAUGAGGGGACACAGUUUGGAGAGAUGUUAUGAGAUCCUGGCAGUGGUGGAGGGUUUGGGGUUCCACAGGAGCAGGAUGGAGGUGUAUCCGAGGAAACAGGAUCAGGACGUGACGAGAGGAGAUAAAAACAAAACAUGGAACUUAAGCGAACAGAAGAGCGCUGAAGUCGUACACAAAGUGCUCAGCAGUAAAGCAUUCCGAUAUCACGGCAAUCGGACGGCUGUACUGACAGAUUAUCUGCCCUGUCUGCGCUUUAUCUGCAGGGAGCAGGACAGCAAGCAGCAGCCGAAGCUCAGAUUUUCACACUACCUCAGAGAUAUCGGACUGCAUCUCCCUAAGAGCAUCCUCGACCUGUUAGCAUCUCAGCUACACUGAAAGUGUUUACUUUAUAAUAAUAAUAAUGAUUAAUAUAUGAAACCUACCUUCCACACACACACGAUUUUUCUCAGUUUCAUUUCAACAUAUUGUUUGCAGUCCAGUAAGUGUGUACACUACUUGUAUAUUUUUAUAAAGCUAUGUUUAUAAAUUUAUAAUCAUAAAUAAGUAUGUAGUUUAGGAUUCAAAAAUGCGAGGAAAGCAAAAAAAUUCAAAUUAAUAAAAUAUGUGGAGGCUCAA